GAUAGUCUAUCGGUGCAUAGUCUUGCAAAUACGCGUUUACUAAAUAGUAUUUAUUAAACGUGCCGUGGUUUCGACGUGUCAGUUCGUAGUAAAUAAUUCGCAAGUGCUAGUCGCCAGUUCAAUAGAGUCUGACACGCGUACAAAUCAAUCACCGAAGUAAUAUACACUUUGCCAUACAACAACAACAACAGCGACUACAACAACAAAUACAAUAACUAAUAACAGCAGCAUGGCGGAAAAAGUAAAUGUUUGCAUUGUUGGCUCCGGCAACUGGGGUUCGGCCAUAGCAAAAAUCGUGGGCGCCAAUGCAUCCGCAUUGCCGGAGUUUGAGGAGCGCGUCACAAUGUUCGUCUACGAGGAGAUGAUUGAUGGCAAGAAGUUAACGGAAAUUAUCAAUGAAACUCACGAGAAUGUUAAAUACUUGAAGGGCCACAAACUCCCACCAAAUGUGGUGGCUGUGCCCGAUCUGGUUGAGGCUGCCAAGAAUGCCGAUAUACUAAUUUUCGUAGUACCCCAUCAGUUCAUACCAAAUUUCUGCAAGCAGUUGCUGGGCAAAAUCAAGCCAAAUGCCAUUGCCAUAUCCCUGAUCAAGGGCUUCGAUAAGGCUGAGGGCGGUGGCAUUGAUCUUAUUUCCCACAUAAUCACCCGCCACUUGAAGAUACCAUGCGCUGUGCUAAUGGGCGCUAAUCUGGCCAACGAGGUGGCCGAGGGCAACUUUUGCGAGACGACAAUCGGCUGCACUGACAAAAAGUACGGCAAGGUGCUGCGUGAUCUCUUCCAGGCCAAUCACUUCCGCGUCGUGGUCGUCGAGGAUGCCGAUGCCGUUGAGGUCUGCGGUGCUUUGAAGAACAUUGUCGCCUGUGGCGCUGGCUUCGUGGAUGGCCUUAAGCUGGGCGACAACACCAAGGCAGCGGUCAUUCGUCUAGGUCUUAUGGAAAUGAUACGUUUCGUCGACGUCUUCUACCCAGGCAGCAAGCUCUCCACUUUCUUUGAGAGCUGCGGUGUGGCGGAUCUCAUUACGACGUGUUAUGGUGGUCGCAAUCGUCGUGUCUCCGAGGCUUUUGUCACAUCGGGCAAAACAAUUGAGGAGCUCGAGAAGGAAAUGCUCAAUGGCCAGAAAUUGCAGGGUCCGCCCACUGCCGAGGAAGUUAACUAUAUGUUGAAAAACAAAGGCUUGGAGGAUAAAUUCCCACUGUUCACAGCCAUACAUAAAAUUUGCACAAAUCAACUUAAGCCUAAAGAUUUAAUUGAUUGCAUACGCAAUCAUCCAGAGCAUAUGCAAACUUUGUAAAAUAGUAAUUACAAAUUUUUAAACGUUUUUAUGCACCAAAAAAACUAAAGCAAAUAAAAUGCAAAUCAAGAGUAAAUAGCUAAUUUUUCAGCACACGUUUAAGAAUCCACAGAAGCAACUCAGUUAACUAUUUCUACCCAGCCAACGACAAGAAUGUGUAUAGGUUGUUAAUUUAAUGUUAAAUAUAUUAAAUAUCCAACGCAUAUCCAGCGAACCACAGAGAAACGAACAAACAAACCAAUCUUGAAGUCUGCCUUUUCUUUUAACUUAGUUAAUAAAAAUAUAAUUGAAAGUAGCGAGAAAUGUGCGCAUGUACCUAAAAGACAAUUGUAAAUACCAACAUUGAAUUUUACGAUUACAAAUACAAAAACAACAAAGGCGUAAUAAAUGGGAGAGUAAUGGUUUAAUUUAAAA